AUGGAGGAUAUUCUGUUUGAGAUACUCGCGAGGCUUCCUGUAAAAUCAUUGAUGAGAUUCAAGUGCGUCUGCAAAACUUGGUUUAAUCUUUUUAAGAAUUCAGAUUUUAUUGGCAAGCACCAUCUCUUGACCUGCUGCAACUCCAACCCUAGUUUCGGUAUCACUCAUGAUUCCUCCUAUGAUGAUGUGAGAUAUUUGUCGUUGUUCUCUGAAAAAUCGCUUACGUUGACGGAAAAAAUUUCUAUACCAUUCACCCGCAAGGGUUGUCCAUUCUUCUGUAACCAAUUCCGGUUCCCUUAUCUAGUCGGUCCCUGUGAUGGUUUAUUUUGCCUGUAUUCCGGAUGGGAGAUUGCGCUAUGGAAUCCAGCCACUAGAGAAUUCAAGUCACUCCCUCCACCGCCCAUGGACAAAAUCAUCGUUGUUGGAAUCGGAGGAAUCGGAGGAGUCGCGUUUGGUUUCGAUCGCACGAAUAAUGACUAUAAGGUGCUAGUUUACCAAGACGGAUCCAGUAAACUUUAUUUAUAUUCUCUCAAGAGUGAUUCUUGGAAAGAAAUCCCGGCCCACGCCCAUCCAAAUAUUUCUCCCGUGUAUCAUCCACGGUUUUGCACAUAUUUGAAUGGUGUUUGUUAUUGGUUGGGUAGACAAGAGGAGGAUCGUGUUGAAUGUAUCAUGUCCUACGACAUGACUGAUCAAGUGUUUCAGAAGGUGCCGCUUCCAGAUUCUGAUUCUUCAUAUGAUGAGGGUGUAGGACUUUGCAACUUCAGAGGAUGUCUUGCCCUUAUCUAUAACACCGGGGGGGUUUUUCCCUGCUUUGAUGUAUGGGUGUGGACUGAAGGUAAAGCUGAAGAAAAGGGGUACUCUUGGUUUCGAAAAGUAUCUGUCCGACCCCUUUACGAACGUCAAGUUUAUAUGUCAUUGGGUAUUGGGAAAGAUGGUCGGUUAUUUUUUAGAAAUUCGGAAGGGCAUGUAUUCUUCUAUGACACUAGAAGCCAACAAAUGGAGAAGAUUUUGCAUCUUGAUGAGGCUGAUGAAACUUCGCAAGUUGUUGUUAGUUAUGUGGAGAAUCUCCUUUCAAUCAACCCUACACCUGAUUGA